CUAUGUUCGAAUAUAUCAAUCGUUGAAAGCUUUCCCAUAGAGUGGACAAGUGAAGAUACUGAUCCGAGCUCAUCUUGCACGUGACGUAGAGAUGUUAGAAGGCAAAUUCAGUGAAGAAAAGGGUAUUGACUACGAGCUCUAA